AUGACUGUUCGAGAGACUGUACCAGUUGACUCUGGUAUACUAACGGUAUACUGCAAAGUCACAGGCAAUGAGUCAGUUCAGCUCAUUUAUUCGCUAGAAUCAAAUCCAAGUUGGCAAGGCCUCUUUCGUAUUGAGCCUUUCCACAAUUCGAGUCAAGCGAAUUUAGUUGUCAACUGUAAACUACACACUGUGCCUGAUGGAGAAAAGAACAACCAACUACAUUUGAAAAUUCUAGUCUAUACCAUCGGAGAUGUCAAGCUAAACACGACUGUACACGCUUUCAUCAGUCUCCUUCCCGAGAACAGCACCAUGAAAGACGUCAUUUGUUGUUCUAACGCAACCGUCACGGUUAUUACAGCUGCAGACUUUAGCCAACCUGUGGACCAACUCUGCAUGUUUUCUCCUUUUGCUGUCAACUCCACCGUUCACGUGCUGUUUGACGCGGGUUUACCACUGUUCAUAUCCAACAGAGUAAUCAAAAUGAGUCACAACACAAGUGUGGCAGCGGGCAUCUUUCUCGUAUCUCUGAAUGCAACGACACUGUACGGUAAUGUAAUUCAUUGGACUCUGGCUUUCCUCACGGUUCAUGUCACUGCACCAGUGCAAGUACCAUAUCUGCAGCCCGCGAGCAAGGUCGUUUUUAUCAACGAAAACACAGCUUAUCCCAGCCUUGUUCACACAGUUAAAGCCAUCAACUAUCCUCCUGGUGGAAUUGACUUCUAUUUCAAACGAGAAGCAUCGCCGUCUGAUAUUCCGUUUGAGAUCGUUGUCGAUGUGUUCAAUCCAAAGAGAGCAAGUGUUUACACGGACAAGAUUCUAGACUACGACAAGUCAAGACAACCAACUGAAUACAACAUUACACUUGUGGCACACAGCAAUACCGAACGCGAGAUCACUGCUCAAGCGACCAUCAACAUCAUCAUACGAAAUGUCAAUGAUAACCCACCCACAUUACUCACAGAAUUCUUCUUUAUCACAAGCAGCUCGUCUGUGCACUCCGAUCUUGCUCAGAUCGAAUGGCUGGAUUUGGAUUCCAACAAGUCCCACAUUGCCGUCGAACUUGAAUACACGACCAUAACGACCUCUCAACGCAGAGUGCAUCCUAGCCCAUUUUCUGUCACACAAAUGCAAGCUCGACACAUUACUAUCACUCUUUCUUCACACCUCAUACGAGGAGUUUGCUGCUACGAUCUCCAUGUCGUUCUUACCGACAACGGAUUCGAGGGAAUGGGACGCAACACUACUCUAGUGACAACGGCACUCCUACAAGCGAGAUGGAACACAAACGAGUGCGUUCGGUGCAUUUAUCAGCAAAGCAGUAGCGCUGGACCAACAACGAACACGGUUGAUGAGGGAAAUAGGGAAGAAACAAAGUAUUCCGUCAUUGCUGCUUCGGCAGGAGUUGUUGUUCUCUCUCUUGCCGUCACCAUCGCUGUCGUCUGUUGGCGUCAAACUGCACACAAAAGGGAGUUCCGGGAGCGAAUACAACUGAACCAGCUGAUAGCUAUGAGAACGGCCUCCAGACAAGGCCUGUCUCAGGCCCCUCGCCUUCCUACUGUAUGGGAAGAAGAUGAAGAGCCCACAGCAAUACAGAGAAGUGAGGAGAGCGAAGACAAGCCUGUGCCACUAAUCAAACUAGAAAUGUUCUGGGAAAUUCCUCGAAAGUACAUUCGUACGUAUGAACUGCUGGGAGAAGGCGCAUACGGCAAAGUAUAUCGCGGAACAAUAUCACAACUUCGAGGCCGACGCGGUACGACGACGGUUGCAGUCAAAAUGCUGAAAAGCCACGCAACCGAAGACGAGAAAAGACAGCUCAUGAGGGAAGUGGAAGUAAUGAAAGAGAUCGUCGGUCACCCAAACGUUAUAAGACUUUAUGGAGCAUGUACUACUGAUGAGGGACCUCUCAUGGUUAUCACUGAGUAUGCCUGCAACGGUACCCUGCAGGAAUUUCUAAGGAAAUCGAGAAGUGUCGAUCGACAGUAUUCUCCAUCAGAUAGUAGUUAUCUAAAGGCUUCAUCCAUUCUUUCAUCAAGUGAAUUACUCACGUUCGCUCUCCAAAUAGCUAAAGGGAUGCAACAUCUAGCGUUAAUGAAGUGUAUUCAUGGUGAUUUGGCAGCAAGGAAUGUCUUGGUCGGAGAGAGAUCCAUUAUGAAAAUUUCAGACUUCGGUCUUGCACGCUAUGAUGGGUAUCAGACAAAGCGUCACAUUCAAUCAGCUAUACAUGGUAAACCAACAGACGAGAGCCGUGUUGCUGUUAACUGGAUGGCCAUGGAAUCAUUGUACGACAACAUCUACACGACACAAAGUGAUAUAUGGUCUUACGGUAUUGUUCUCUGGGAGAUAGUAACACUUGGAGCCUCACCCUACCCUGGGGUACCAACAGAGCAAUUAUUCAUAUUGCUCAAAACGGGAUACAGAUUAGAAAAGCCAGACCACUGCUCCAAUGAACUGUACACUAUUAUGAGCCAAUGCUGGGAGGCCGAACCAUCCAGACGACCAAAAUUUAGUGACCUUGCCCAUAGUAUCGAAGAGCUACUAUCAACAAGCACAGAUUAUCUCAUGAUUGAAUCACUCGAACCAUUCGCUGGAGCUGAAGGUACAUACACAAACCCUUUGUAUGAAAAUGAUGACUCAAUUGACGAACUCUUCCACGAAGUUGACAUACAAGUCAGUGAAAUGUUGUAACUUGAGAUCCUAGUUUAUAGACUACAUAUAUAGACAAAUCAUCUGCAAGUAUAAUUUCAAACACAGACAAAAGUACACAAGAUCCUGUAAUUUGUCAUCUAUCAAAGCUGUUACAUAUAUAUAAGUACAACAAUACACAUACAGCAGCUUGUCAUGGAAAAUACAAUAGUGAUGAUUGUAGGUAAGGACUCUUGUGGACAACAAAGCAAGUAGACCCAACAACUGUUUCAUUGGAUAGAGUCAGUUCAGCCACACCUUUUCUCUUAAACCAAGAUGACUGAUUAAUUUCUUGAUGCACAUAUACACACAAAACCAUUGGCAAGAUGCCCACUGAACGAACAUGCACGAGAGGCGACCUAUUGAAUAUUCAAGACUACUGUUAAGUCUGCGUUCAUCCCUGUUCUGUGAAGCACACUAGUAGUCAAUGAAACUAUCUUCUUUGCUCAGAUUCCAAAAUAUUUAAUACAGUAUGCAAUACCAGCUAGGUCUGAAUAUUCAAGAGAAUCCAUAGACGCAUAGAAAUAUGGCACCUAUUUAAAAGGUAGACAUGCAAUUGACAUUGCUGCUUGUUGUGCCUUGAGUGCUUUGUACUCUUUGUAUUUCGAGCAUGUA